CACAAAUGUUUAUAAGGGGUUUCCUCACUUGCUGUUGCCGUGGGCCUCUUCAACUCUCCCCAAAAUUCUUGUCACAUAUCCUUUCGCUUUUGGUCUCGUUGGAAGCCUACCUGCUUGCUUGUCAACUUUAGGUUUACCGAUUUCUUGAAAUGUGUUUAUAAAUGGUUUCGCCCGGCCGGGCCCAAGCAGACUCUAGGCCUUCUACCAAAGACGUUUCUCCCGUAUGGCCCUCGAGCGAUUCCUCCCUUGCUGGCACCUGUGGGCUUCUUCUGCAGAAUUUCGUGCUCCCGAAGCCACAUCUUCCGGUCUCACGGCGGGACUCUAUAGGAAGUAGGCCAUCCAAUACCACAUCCAGCCGCAAAAGCGUUUCUUUUCGCCUGCGGCUCCGUGGGCCAGGACCUGCGUACAACUCUCCAUCCCCACAGCAGCCAAAGGAGCAGCCAAAGGAGCAGUGCGAUACACCUCAAGCCACAGGCAGCGCUGCGCGUGGAGCCGUGGUUCGCAGGCUCUUCCGAGCGGUGCAGGGCUUACCGGACAGCGACGCUGGGCAAGGCUCCCCAGAGCCCCAGCCCAAGUCAUAUCCCGGUUGGCGUCCGCAGCCUCAGCCAGCGCAGCCAGCGCAGGGAAGCAAGCCUGUAACCGAUUGCUUCAAGCCGUUUCAGCCUGCAGCACCACCAGCGAACGCCUCCAUUGGUGUGCCGUUGCAGGCAUCAGAUGCUAGCGACCAUGGGGGUAGUGGCACCGCGGUCUCUGUCACAAUACAAGGUGCCCAGGCGCUUGGGGGUGUGCCGCAGGCUAAUCCUCAUGAAGCCGGCGGCACCCAAGUCCUAAACCAGCCCGCGCUUGCAGGAUGUUGCAGCGCGAGCCACGUUUCCGUCUGGCCCUCCAGUACUCCAGCACAGACAGGACCGAUACCGCGGCAACAGUUUGCGGUGCAACACGUGCAGAGUUCUGGGUUGUGGCCGCCGCAGCAGCAGCAACAGCACCAACAGGUUCCGUCGCUGCAAUUGCAGUACCAAGCGCUGCAAACUCAGCAUCCUGGGCUGCAGCUACAAGGUGAUAUUACAGCGCAGCCGGCCGCAGCUGCUGGGAGCAGUGCUGCUUGGGACGCCGCCGCCCCAGAUCUCUACCCACCACCAGGGCCCUAUGCUACAUGUACUCAUCCCAUUCAGGGCAUGCCAGGACCAUCUGCUGGACCACCACGCUAUCACGGGGUAAUACCCUCUCACGUAGCUCAGGUCUGGCAGCAGCAACCCGGCUGCCAAGCUCCGACCUGGAGUGCUGUCGCCAGACACGUACCGCAGCCGGGCCCGGCAGCCGGGGCACCCGUCCUAGGAGGUCCAGCGCUGGCAGCAGCCUCCCAAGCAGCUGCUGCAAGCGGCGAGGCGGCGCCGCGCUCAAUAUCAGCAGCUGCUAGCCCGCAGCAUGGUGCGACAUUCGCGCGGGUCCAUCUUUUGCUGGAGUCUCUCAACCUCCGCAACAUGCUGUGCUCAGAGCAGGACACGGCUGCAUGUGCAGACACGCCUGCCUCCCAGAUGAAUCAACCAGGGGCGGCUUGCCAUGCCGGGGGGUACCAAUUGAGUGGGCUGACAGGAGGGGUUACGAGCCAGGCCGCCACCAGCAGCUGCCUAACUGCUGAUGCUACAGGAAACGUCCCCAGUUCUGUGGUGUGGCAGCAGAGCCCGGCAGCGAAUGAAACCCCUGCGCGCUUACGACCCAGACGCACAGAAGGGGAUGGCACUGGCAGCAAACCGGAUGCUUUACGUUGGUCUUUUGACAGGGCUAUCGCAAGCCUCUGUGAGCCUGUACCGAGCGCCGAUCCACAUGACGCUGCUGAAGAUGCCAACGACACGGCGGGCUGGUUCUCCACGGCGCUGCAGUCGGCGUCGGCGGCCUGGCUGCAGUCCGUGGGCAAGGCUGCCGCGCAGCAGCGGCAGCAGGUGCAGCGCGGCGGGGGCGUGGAGGAGCUGCUGCAGCAGGUGCGCGAGGCGCGGCUGGAGAGGCGACUGGCGGAGGCGUACUUGCUGGGCUGCAAGCUGUGCGUGCCAAGAUCGCGGCUGGAGAGGCUGCGGCUGCUGGUUGAGGCCUCGGGUGCUCCCCCUGCCGUCACGGCCGCUCUGUUGGUCCAGCUGGAGGAUCGGCUGCGCCUCAAGGCAGCGCUGCGGGUGCUGCAGCUGCACGCAGCCACUGCUGCGGUCCUGCAGCGCCUGCUUAGGCUGCGGGAGGGGCAAUCAGGGCCGCUGGCUGCAGCUGCGUGGCGCUGCUGGCAGCGAGCUGCCCAGGAGCGGGUGGCGCUGCGGGUGCGCAUGUCAGCGGUAACAGCGGCCAGGCAGCAGCGGCUACUGUCUCAGCUGUUGUCUGCCUGGCAGGCCGUCCUGCGCCGUGCCGCAGACCUCCGCCAGCGGGAAGCCUCCUUAUGUGCAGCUCUUUCACGUCGCCGCCGCUCCGCCUGCCUUCUUGCUUGGCGGUCAGUGCAGCAGCAACGGGCUGCGCUGCGGGGCAUUGAGGCGGAGUGCCGAGUGGCGCGGUCGCGACGGCUCGUGCGCUCCUGGCUGGAAGCGGCCCGGCGCGUGGCACAUGGCAAGCAGCAGGCGCGGCGUGCGGAUGCGCACCACCGGUCUCACCUGCUGCUGGCAUCCCUGGCGCACUGGCGCUACUUGCGCGUCAGCCGCACCCUUACCAGCGUCUGGGAGGAGGCACUGGGCAAGCG